CGCCAGCACUUAUACAGCUUCUCUUCUCUGUCUUCUUUCCUUCUGCACGUUUCAGUUUCAGUUUCUGUCAGCUACAUAUAACCAGAUUUCCAUUAUUACUUCUUCAUCUUACAAAAGCAAUCUUAUAACAGUGAUGUGGGCAUUGUGCAUUUGGGCAUCUUUGUUUCUGAUUAGUAUCACUCAUUGGGUUUACAGAUGGAGAAACCCUAAAUGCAGAGGGAACCUUCCGCCCGGUUCCAUGGGUUUGCCGCUGCUCGGUGAGACCCUCCAGUUCUUCAGGCCUAAUACCUCUUCAGACAUUCCAUCCUUUAUCAAAGAGAGAACAAAGAAAUACGGGCCGGUUUUCAAGACCAGUCUUGUGGGACGACCGGUUAUUGUCUCGACAGAACCGGAGCUUAGUUAUUUCGUGUUCCAACAGGAGGGGCGUUGCUUCCAGAGCUGGUAUCCCGAAACCUUCACAGAGAUAUUUGGAAGACAGAAUGUGGGUUCUUUGCAUGGAUUCAUGUAUAAGUACCUCAAGAACAUGGUUUUGACUCUCUUCGGACAUGAAGGCCUGAAGAAGAUGCUCCCUGAAAUCGAACAGAUUGCGUGUCGAAAGUUAGAUCUUUGGUCGAGUCAGGAUUCAGCAGAACUGAAAGACGAAACCGCAAGCAUGAUAUUUGACCUCACUGCUAAAAAGCUGAUAAGCCAUGAUCCAGGGAACUCCUCGGAGAAUCUAAGAGAAAACUUUGUUGCGUUCAUUAAGGGUUUGAUCUCCUUCCCUUUCGACAUUCCUGGAACAGCUUAUCACAAAUGUCUGAAGGGGAGGGAAAGGGCAAUGAGAAUGCUCAAGAAUAUGCUUCAGGAGAGACGGGGUAACCCACGGAAGAACCCUAGUGAUUUCUUCGAUUAUGUCAUCGAAGAACUGCAGAAAGAGGGUACAAUAUUGACGGAAGAAAUUGCCCUAGAUUUGAUGUUCGUCCUGCUUUUCGCCAGCUUCGAAACAACUUCUCUGGCUUUAACCUUGUCCAUCAAGUUCCUCACGGAUUACCCUUCAGUCCUGAAGCGUUUAACUGAGGAGCAUGAAGCUAUUCUGAGAGAACGGGAAGAUCCAGACUCCGAACUUACGUGGAAAGAAUACAGAUCAAUGACUUAUACUUUCCAGUUCAUAAACGAGACAGCUAGACUGGCGAAUAUCGUUCCUGCCAUUUUCAGAAAAGCUUUGAGAGAUAUCCAAUUCAAAGGAUACACAAUUCCUGGGGGCUGGACAGUGAUGGUCUGUCCUCCAGCUGUACAUCUGAAUCCAGACAGAUAUGAAUAUCCUCUUGUCUUCAAUCCAUCAAGAUGGGAGGCAUCAGAAUCCAAUAAUGCAUCUAAGAAUUUCAUGGCGUUUGGUGGUGGAAUGAGGUUCUGUGUCGGAACUGACUUCACCAAGUUGCAGAUGGCUGUGUUUCUUCACUGUCUGGUCACUAAGUACAGGUGGCGAGAAAUCAGCGGAGGAAACAUCAUUCGAACUCCGGGAUUACAGUUUCCAAACGGGUAUCGCGUUAAACUCACAAAGAGAGGGAAUUCAGAAAGAUAUACAUGAAGAAGAAGCUCGUAAAGCCUGCUAAAACAAGUUGCAAUGCAGUAAGAACGGCAAAUUCGGGCAAUACAUAUGGAAAACCAGAUUCCUCCUGAAAUCAUUGCCAGAUUUCCAGCCAAUUUUAGACAGUGAUCCAUACAAGAAACAACUCGAAAGAAAGCACGGGACGGGUAUUACAUAUUACUCGUGCUUUUCGAGUGAAAACCAAGCAAAGAUUUUUUGCUGUUCAUCCCAUCUGCAGUUUAAGUCUGUCAGAUAGUGUAAUGUGUGCUAGUUUUAGCUUUUCAGACAUGUAAAAAGCAGACAAGAUGUAGCUUUUUAACUCUCAAAAUGAAGUAAAAUUCUAUAAAAAUCAGUUUCAAGCAACAAGGGUUUUAUUUUUACCCCUCCAACACAUAUUUUUACCACAAGGGCUUUUGAUAAUUCACAUGAUUCUGUACUCAUGUUUCUUCAAGGGGAUGAACAGUUUAAUUUACACAAACUAGAGAAAAUUUGUAUUCCAAAGAGAAAAAACUUCAAUUCAUUCAAUUCCAAUUAACCCAACUUCAACCCACUUUUGUUUUAACAUCAUAUGAAAUUUGUGAAUCA